AUGUGGGAUGUCGCGGAUAUAGUCGCACACUUCAUGUUGGUAACCCCUACAAUCAUGAUGCAAACCAGAUCUGACCCUGAACAGGUUGAAUGUAGAGGCGACGACGCCCGCCACAACGAUGGCAGCGAGCACACCGUCGCGGGCUGGCUCACCGUGGCCGGGUCGUUCCUUGUCUACUUCGUGUCCUUUGGGUACAUGAACAGCUUUGGGUUCUUUCAAGACUACUACCUCGAGCAUAGCCUGGCCGGGUACCCGACCUCCGUCAUCGCGAUCAUAGGGUCCCUCCAGCUCGGCCUCAUGAACCUGAUUCAGCCCAUCGCUGGUGGCCUCGCCGACUCGUACAGCCCGAGCAUCCUCUACGCUGUCGCGGCCGUCGGGGCGAUUGUCUCGAGCAUCGGCGUCUCGUUUGCCCAGCCGGGCCAGAUUUGGCAGUUCAUCCUUGCUCAGGGCGUCAUCUUCGGAUCGACCGCCGUAUUCGGCACGGCGGUCUCCUUACCCCUCGCAAGCCAACAUUUCACAAGGCGACGCGCAUUGGCCAUUGGCAUUGUCGCCAGCGGGAGCAGCGCUGGAGGCGUCUGUCUUCCCAUCAUGUUCUCUCGCCUCGUGCCGCAAAUCGGCUUUGGCUGGUCUCUGCGGAUCGCCGCGCUGGUUGCUCUAGUUUGUUAUGGCAUCGCCAUACUCAUUUCGCGGCCCAAGCUGCCCCGAAAGCCCGUCAAGUCCAUCUGGUCGAUUGCGGACUUCAAUGGCUUUCGCGACCCCCGAUAUUCCACGUUGGCGCUUGCUAAUGUGGUUGGCAAUUUUGGCCUCUAUGUGCCUUUCUACUACCUAGAGCCGUACAUCGCGGUUCACCACCCAGGAGCCGCGGUGAGGAACUACCUUCUCCCGCUUAUCAACGGAUCAAGUUUCUUCGGUCGAGUGAUUGGCGGAUACGUUGCUGAUCACACUGGUGGAUUGAACCUCCGCUAUCCAUUGACGGCAAUUUCGGGCAUACUCUGCCUCACCUUGUGGCUCUUAUCCACAAGCGUCAGCAUGAUCAUAGCUUUCGCCUGCUUAUACGGCUUCUGCUCGGGUAUUUUCAUCAGCGUCACGCCGUCCGUAACCGUCAGACUGUCGCCAAAAGACAAGAUUGGGGCCCGGCUGGGUGCUUUUUCUAUCUGGAGUGCAAUCGGAGUCUUUACCGGCACGCCCAUUGGCGGGGCCUUCGUCCGGCGAGGCACGCCAGAAGAGUAUCAGCACCUGAUCAUUUUCACGGGUAUGUGCCUGACUGCUUCUGCUGUUUUGCAGUUUGUAGCUCGCGUCCUCUGCGAUAGAGAUCUGCGCAAGAAGUGGUAG